UUUGUGUAGUCCGUUCACUUAUGCUUAGCAGAUAAACGAUUCGGUUAUGACAUUCCGAUUCUGUUGUUGAGACGAUCAAAUUUAAAUUUUUCACAAAUUCAAACAGGCGAUGUUUCAUUUUUAAACUUAGUCUGUAGCUUUGCACUUUUUUAAGAUGAUGAAACAGCGAACUAAGGUUAUUCGGCACAGCUUUUUCAAAAGAUAACGUUAAACUCGUUCUGCAAGCACUGGAAAUACAGAUAUACAUUUUUCUAUUGCACUUCAAACCUACUGAAUAGCAGAGUUUUCAUCAAAAAACAAACAGCACUUGUCUAUAAGUUGACCAUUCGGACGGAUUGAUCCUUUUUGUGUGUAGAUGAAAUCAUCAAUGAAUAUCUGGUCGAAGCUUCGGUCUAAGUAAAAAUAAAAUUCUACACCAUUGUUCCAUUUACCAAAAACCAAAAGUGAUUAUUUUCAAAUCACUUUUGUUGAAACCCACUCCCCUAUCUUCAUUGGAAUUGUAGCGUUAGGCACAAUUUUCCCGCAUGUUUGGAUAACGUCCCUCUAUUAAGUUUAUCCCCAUUCUGCCAGAAUAACGGAUGGGUAAUUCGAAUAUGAAACAAUCACUAAUGUAACAAAACCUUAUUAUAUAACUUGGACGAAAUAAAGACGAUUGUAUUCUCAGCAUUGCGAUACAAAUAGUAUUCUAUUAUUUUCGGUAUCAACACUCUUCAAGUAUGUUUCGAAUUCAAAGAGUUUGGUUACGACAAGCGGUAGGAAUUCUUUUGAAAAUUGCAGAAUUCUACUGCUAACACACUACCGGUUCAUUCAUACCUGAGUAGUGAUAAGAUAAGACCGUAUCUAUACGAUUUCUGUGGUCGAGGUUGAAGAUUUGUCCGUUUAUUUGCCAGAGGACAGUUUCACGGUUCAGUCGGUCAAUCGUUUUUACCGUGAUAGUUCCCGAAGGAGACGAAGCGGAUUUUGUUGCCGACAUUGGGUUUAACUCCCAGGAUUUGGAAGAGGGUCUACGCUCAGUGGACGAUUUAAUAAGCCAGUACGCGGAUCAGUAUGGUAGUACACCCCCGAGGACAAGAAUAAAGAACAAAAGUAGAAGCUCGCGGCAAAGAAUGGAAGGAAGCGUUAAAAUGCGGACAGGUGGACGCUUGGCUAGGCCACGAGCCGAUCGGCGCAACACUGUCGAUUGUGCUAUCCUGAAUCAGAUGAUCAUGGAGCCGAAUGCCGAGGAAAAGGCUCGGACCGAUAAACGAUCGACGCAGUUGUUGCGAGAGUCCGAGCGUGAGAUGAAAAUGGCUGCUGCAGUGAAUCCGGUGAUUGCUCGUAAUUCGGCCAAUUUCGGAGGUGUACUAGCAGGUUCAAUUGAAGAGCGAGCGGAAAGCAUGCCAAUUCCCAGUUCUGUUUCAAAUAGUAUUUCACCGGCAGUAAUUCCAGCGUUGAUAGAGUCUUGCAAUCGUUUUAUGAGCGUUAAAUCUCGCCCAGUUGGAUGUCGUACUUCAGCGCCACCUUCGGCGUUCGCUAGCUUUCGUGAUAGUAAUGCUAAUGUUGGCAGUGAUAUCCCACAGAAUCGAAUUGAAUUCCAUGAUACGUUUUCAAAUCUAAUCAAACUUGGAAGUGUCGAUAAAGAUCGAGUGAAUCGAAACAUAAUUUCAACGGAGGAACGAUUGUGGCAAACGCAUGUUAACGAUCUUAUUUGGUUGGAGUUGCAGGCCUGGCACGCAGAUCGAACUGUUGAACAACAAGACACUAUACUUUGUCAAGCCAGAAAAGAGAUCGAUGCUUUGUUGGCGGAAAUAAUGAAUUUCCGGUUUCAACGUCAGUUAACUAGAACGGUCAGUGAAGUCAGCAUGGCUGAUAGUGGCUUUGGAUCUGAGCCAACCGCUUCGACCGCCAAUGGUGAGAAAAAUCAGCCAUUUUGUUUUGGAUGUCUUUCAAUGUACUGUAAAGAUUGCUUAGAGGUGCAAACUAUAGCAUUGAAGCAAGUUGAAGAUUUGUUGCUAAGGUUGGAAUCAAAGGAAAGUCUUUUCCCAUCUUCGAAGGCUAUGGGUAUGGCAUUUCCCAUAUAUCAGAGCGAAGAGUUUGUUGGUCGAGUCAAGGCAAUGUGCCUCUGGUACAAUAUGACUAAGCAACAUCGUUUGACUUUGCUUAUUUUAGGAAAGCUGCUAGCCCGACUGCAAGACAAUAAAAAGUCUUACCAGUGGCCAAUUAUGGAAACAGAUAGCUCCACGAACUCGUCUGUUCAAGAAGAAAACGUAGAUACCAUCGAUAGGGGGCAAGGUGAAGCAGCAGUGAGUUCCGCUGGAGUUUGUUCAAGUAAGAAAGUGCAAUUUGCUUAUGAUGGGAGUGCAACUGAGAGCUCUAAUAGUGAUGAAUCUGGCCGUGAUUAUUCCGACAUUGAAGAUUUCUCAAUGCAACGGCAAUUUUCUUUCUCGGGAGACACAGAUAUGAGUCAGUACAUGAACUCGCUCAAUAUUUACAGUGUGAAUACGAUUACAGAAGUAACAUCUCAUACAGCCAACAACUCUACAUCUCUGUAUCGUAAAUAUAUUGAAAAUGUUUUGAAAACUAGAGGUUUGGGCAAAUCUCUAACUUUCCUGCAUCGGCUUCAUAACGUUGUGUUGAGAAAAGCGCAACUAACACUUGAAAAGCCAGAUACUCGGGAUCACGAAGAUAGUUUGUUUGACGAAGAUGAAGAUGUUCCAUGCAUCGAACCUCCGCUUGAGAAAGAUCAAGAAUCUGAGCUUCAACGCUUUGGUGCAUGGAGCGAGGAGGCAAAGAAGUUGAAUCUUCCGUCAUAUGUCUCGGCUUUCAUAUUCUUAUCGUUGAUACCUCUGGAGGUGAUUCAGGAAUUCCUGAAAAUGCGUUUAGAAACGAAACCCGUUCAGCCCAAUCCUUUAAGUUUGGAACAACAUAUUAAGGAGCUAAAAGAAGGUCUCACUCUUGCCAUGAUACAUCGAGAUCGAUUCCAGAAGCAUAUUAAUACCGCUCUGUGGGAUCGUGAAUCAGAGCUGGAUAGAUUUAUGGCUGUAUUGGAAACGUUUGACGGAACAGUUCGUCGGAUUUUCGAUCUGUAUUUGGAAUACGCCGAAAAAUGGAUUCUGGACGCUACUCCUGAGGGACAUCAAAAAGCUGCACUGGACGAAGAAUGGCGAUUUACCAAGCUAGUGUGCCCGAUGAUACCCGGUCAGCACGCCAUAGCGGCUAAAAAAUUUUGCAGCAUUGUUGAAAAAGUUUUGGAAAUCACCGGCAGUAAAAUGAUUUCCAAUUUGAGGGAGCUGGAAGAUCAAAUAAAAAUAAUCGAAGUCAAUAAUGGCGACAGAAAAUGGCAAAUCUUGGCCCUCUGUCGAGAAACUCAGGAAGUGUUGACGUUUGCACGUGAUAAGACCCUUAAAACAAUGUCGUUUACAAAAGGAUUGUUUCGCGAUCUAGAAAACGCGGACUUCCAUCGCGAUCACUGUGAUGAUUGUGUGGAUGAUUUAGAAGGUGUUGUGUUGCGAAAUAGUUGUCUGAGAAAAAAGAAAAGUUUUAUUUGUCAAGAAGUGGUUGAUAGUUUACGUAUUUUGAAGAAAAAUUUGCUAUUGUUUCGUAACAAACUGACUAAAGUAAUAGAAAUUUUGCAAAACGAAUGCAGUGUUCGAAAUAUGGCAGAUAUGGAUGAAUCUGAUCGCCUUGGUAUAUUAUCGAGAACAAGAGAAAUUUUACAUCAAGGAUACAAGUUCGGUUUCGAGUUCCAUAAGGAUUUAACGAGGCUGUAUGAAACCAGGGCUGACAACUGUCGGGAUGUGGAAAGUGAACUUAAACUGUCGAAUGCGAUAGUACAUUUCGCCAAGCUGUGGAUGAAGUUCGUGAUGGAACGAUGCGAGCGUGGACGAGGAGUUCGACCACGAUGGGCUUAUCAGGGUUUAGAAUUUUUAAUUUCGGCUUGUGAUCCUCAGUGUACAGCUCAUUUGAGUAGCGAAGAGUUUGAGGAUCUAAAGUCUAAGAUGGAUGCUUGUAUUUCGCAUGUAAUCGGAAGCAUAAGGGAGCCGGAUCGGAUUCGAAAAUCCCCUCGGUCUAGAAAGAGUUCACCUUCUCCAUCGAUUACCCAAGGCCGUGCUUCAAUUCCUACUAUCACAUUGGGAAAAACACUUCAAAAUCAAUUGAGCCUCCGAGAGGAAGGAGUAACUUUGAGACCUCAUCAUACUGUAGAUAAUAAUGAUUACUAUCGAAAGCAGACAUCGUAUGAGGGUGUCAACGACAUUAAGAUACGGGUGCCAACGGAUGUGUUACUUGGAACUAAACCCCUGCGUCAGCUGAGAGUUCGCGACGCUAUCAAUAAGUUGGACAACGAGCUCGACAUGAGAAUGCGAGCGCGCAGUUUGAUUGGUAACGUUAAGGAGAUCAGUAACUGUGAUAAGGUAUUGAACAGAGCCCGCAGCGUUAACUUCAGCUGGCACCGGGGUAUAAAAAUAGGCCAAGGCCGAUUUGGCAAGGUCUACACGGCAGUUAACAAUUCUACCGGUGAACUGAUGGCUAUGAAAGAAAUCGCUAUUCAACCUGGAGAAACCAGUGAGAUCCGCAAGGUAGCGGAAGAGAUGAAAAUAUUCGAGGGAAUAAACCACAAAAAUCUGGUCAAGUACUAUGGAGUUGAGAUACAUCGGGAGGAGCAAUUGAUCUUCAUGGAAUUGUGCCCCGAAGGAACAUUGGAGAGUUUGGUUGAAUUGAAUGGAGGUUUGCCGGAGGCACAAACUCGACGUUACACUCACCAACUCUUGUCCGGUGUAAAUGAAUUACAUCGACAUGGAGUCGUCCAUAGGGAUAUCAAGACGGCAAACAUUUUCCUUUCGAAGGAUGGCAACUGUUUGAAGCUUGGAGAUUUUGGAUCGGCAGUGAAAAUUCAAGCUCAUACAACUAUGCACGGGGAGUUGAAGCAGUAUGUUGGGACUCAAGCUUAUAUGGCACCAGAGGUAUUUACUAAAAAUAACAGCGAAGGACACGGGCGUGCUGCAGACAUUUGGUCCGUUGGAUGCGUGGUGAUCGAAAUUGGCUCCGGGAAGCGUCCAUGGCAUCAGUUCGAUUCGAAUUAUCAAAUCAUGUUCAAAGUCGGAAUGGGCGAAUCUCCGGAAAUUCCUGAAUGCCUAUCUGAAGAAGGACAUGAUUUUGUCACUAGUUGUCUGCAGUACAAUCCUAAGGAUCGACCAUCAUCAGCUGAUUUGUUGCAGCAUGAUUUUUGCAAGAUGAGUGAAGGUUCCGAUGAGGAUUUGGAAAAGGAACUACGACGAUCAUUCCGGCGGAAUAUAAACUCGACAUCUUCUUUAAAGCCAUAAUCAUCUACCUGGUAACACAAACAAACCAACAACGCAAACAAAGUCAUUUAAACACUGAUAGUGAAUUCAACUACGAGUAUGAUAAAGACUGUA